CAGAGCACUGCCCGAGUGAUAACAAUCAUGUUCGCCUGUAACCAGAACUUUCUACGAUGCGACUUGGAGUUAUUUUUGUCAGAUUAUGUAGCUGCUUUUUAACUCGAAAGAGAUGCGGCGCGGGGACCCUCUCCCCCAAGCCUUUCAGGCUCCGGUGGACGUACACGCCAGCGAGGAUGGGCAGGUGUACAUGUUCAGAAGCAAACAGGAAGACCUGGGUGCUUCUUCAGAGGAUGAGGAGCUCAAUGUCAUGGAACUCCGCCCACGGAACCGGGACACUUCCUCCCAGGAGCAAAGCAGCGUGGGAGACCUGUUACUGCUCGAGAGAAAAAUCUCACAUAAGGACAAUCUCAAUAAACUGGCCCUACAGUACGGAUGCAAGGUGGCUGACAUUAAACGAGUGAACAACCUUCUCAAAGAUCAGGAUCUGUAUGCGCUGAAAUCCAUCAGAAUCCCUGUGAAGAAGCAUGGUCUGCUAACAGAGACUAACCCUGAACUGAAGGAUCCUCAGAAAAGGCCUUCAAGUCCAUCGCCACCACCUCCUGACCAGCUGCAGGACAUUUCUGGGGAAGGCCCUUCUGUCAGGCCUCAGGUGCAGGAGUAUACGGACUUCCUCAAAGAAGUGGACAAUGACAUUGAGCGCCUGAUCCAAAACACAGAGGCACAGGAGGAGGUGUUUGGAGGCAGCUCUGAUGAAGCCAGACACUGGGGCUCAAGAGGCAAGCGUUUGAAUGGCUAUGGUGCGGACUGGGGCAUCCAAUGGUGGAACGCUGUGAUAGCUAUGUUGCUCAUUGGUAUUGUCUUACCAAUUUUCUAUGUGGUGUACUUUAAAACUCAAGAUAGCGGGGAGUCUGCAGUGGAUGGUGGAGUGGCAAAUAACACUCUAGCUACCUCAAAUAAUUCAGGAUCAAGCUUCAGUACAGCUAACCCUAACGGUUUGAGUAGGAACCACUUCAACAAACCGUAGACAGAAAUGAAAUAGACAGUGCAAAUACUGCAUAGGAUGUGUGGCUUUUUAAUCCUGUGGUGACACAAUCAUCAGUACUUUACAGAUUUGAGAGUUUAAUAUCGGUACAAAAGGGCUGUUGAACUAUACUAACAGCCAAAAUAAACUGAAUGAAUUCAGUCCUCUUCAGGAGAGCUUCAAGAAACCUUUAGUAAUUAACUAACCCAGGACACAUAAUUACUUAUUGGUAAUAUUAUAUCAUUUACAUAAAAUACAUAGACUUAGUGUGAAAAGACCAUCCAAAAAUGCUAAUAUUAAAAAAGUAGGCCUGAAGUGGCAAAUUAGCAUUAUGCAAGUGUAGCCAUGCUAACCUUUUGUUUUUUUUUAGUAACAGCUAGUUACUGGAAAGGGAGAAAAACAGAGAGUAUUACACUUUCAUGUAAAUGAAAAGUUCUCCACAGCAAAAUGUAUUCUUAUCUCGUUUUACCAUUAUGGAAAUGCCAAAGAGUAAUUUAAUGAAAAGACUGACAUGAACACUGUCAUAGAGAGUAAAGGUAUGUUCACAUUAUUACGGCAAAUUUGGUGUGCGGUGCUCUCAACAGCAGCAAAAUUUACUACUCCAGCACUCUUGAGGGUGCUUAUGAGAAACGUCACUUUGCUAUUCCAAUGCUACUUGCAGUCAGAUAUUGUUUUUAACUGAGUAUUGUACAGUUCAGGUAAUACCGCAAUGCAUCAGUUGUUUGGUAUUCUCCAUUUUUUAGUGGGAAGAAAUACCCUGUUGUGAUUGGCUGCACCCUUCAAGGUCAGCUCACAAUGGACUCAAAGUUCAACAAAAAUGACUAUUAGAAGUGAUUAUGUGAACAUACCAUAAUUCAGUAGCCAAUGCUUAGAAUCACUGACAAGUCACCAUUGGUGUGAUAUUAUUCAUGUGUAGCAGUACAUAUUUGAUUUAGAGCCAUUUUUCUCAAAAUUUGAAGUGUUUGAUGUUUUUUUAAUCCCUGAUUAGAAAAGCUUUAAUGCUGUGUACUACAGCCCUUCAUUGGUUUGUUGCUGGUCGCACCGGAAGUCAUAGAACUAGAACUGGACAGAUUAAGUAGGUCAGUUUGUUUAAUUUUCUUUUACUUGUUUUAAUUCUAGCCUUUAUCUUGUUUGAAUGAAUGAGAUGAAUUAUGAAUAACACUAGUACAUUUUAGGUAUUUUUCACUGUACUGUGUGACAAUGUUAUACCAAUGGUGCCAAAGAACAGAAUUACAUGUACUUUUUGUACAUGGUUAAGUGCAAUAAUCUUCAUUUAAAUGAAAGUAUAACAGUAUUUCUACGGCUAUAAACAGAUGACAUUAAUUCUACGCAGCCUGCAGAGGAAAAGUUGUGCUUUUAUUUUAUUAUUUUUCAAGCAGUGUUCCUAAAGCCCUGUUUUCAGCAAGAUCUACAGUAAGUGACUUGAAGCUCCUGCCAAUCAUGCACAAAUAAUAAAUCCUUCAAUCACAAAGA